AUGGAAAGAGUGCUGGCAUCGCGGCAAAAUCGUCUGACAGAAAGCCAAAUACAGCAGAUCAUUGAUGAUGAUGAGGAUAUUGAUGAAUGUAGUGAAGUUGGGGAUGAAGACUAUAUAGUGGAAGAGUUUGAGUUCGACGUUUCUUCUGACGAAUAUAUUGAGAGUGGUGACGAGGAAAGUAUUGUGCCUGUAGUGGAAAAUGAAAGCAGUAUUCCCGUGUAUUAUUCGAAGGAUCGAGAUAUUGAGUGGUCAACGGAGCCGGUUGGACACAAUAGUGCUAGGACCAGGGUAGAAAAUAUAACUCACGGGAGACAGGGAGUUACUGCAUAUGCAGUACACCGUAUUUCCAAUAUCAAGGAAUCAUUCGACCUAUGCUUUACGGCCCAAAUGAAACGAAUGGUAAUUCAAUUCACUAACAUUGAGGGCAAUAAAAAAAUUGGAGAGAGGUACAACCAAAUAGAUGAAAUAGAAUUGGACGCCUUUUUGGGUAUUUUAAUUUUAGCAGGCGUAUAUCGUUCACACGGAGAAAGUAUUCGAAGCCUUUGGGAUAAAGUACAUGGUCGACCAAUAUUUCGCGCUACAAUGCCACUUGGCAGGUUCCUUGAAAUUAAUCGUGUUUUGCGCUUCGAUAACAGGGAUAAUAGCAGGGCUCAAAGACUAAACGAUAAACUUGCUCCGAUUCGCGAUUUUUACGAGAAGUGGGUGGCUAAUUUACCGCUGCUAUAUUCGCCAUACGAAAAUAUUACAGUAGAUGAGCGACUAAUUCCUUUUAGAGGCAGAUGCCCCUUCUUGGUUUAUAUGCCAAGUAAGCCAAGCAAAUAUGGAAUGAAAGCAUGGGUAGCUGCGGAUAUGCGUACAAAAUAUUGCCUUAACUUCCAAAUUUAUUUGGGUAAAGAGUCAGCGUCCAAACCAAGGCCAACGAGUUGUAUUGGAUCUAGUUAG